AUGGCACCAGCACGCACCUCCAACCGUCGCGCACACCGUGAUCAGCAUGAAGUGGCGAGCAAUGUCCAACCCGACCCUGCCGCCGGCGGUGAGCCGGGCCUCUUUACGGACCCAAUGUUAGGCCUGCCUCUUCAGAUAUACGUCGACAAGGACGUUGAAAACCGAGAGCACUUUAUCGAACUCGUCGCGCAACAUGGCGGUGUAGUAUCCCCAGGAUACAGUAGCGUCCAAUGGAUCUGUGUGGACCCAUACAAGGAGUCUGGACAAAGCUUAUAUCGACAAUAUGCGGGCAAGAAGGUCAAGGUCGUCCUCGAUGCUAGAUGGGUUGAGGAGUGCGUCAACAGAGGGCAGUUGCUGACAUAUCAGACCAACUGGGGAAACUGCAAAGUCACCGGCCAAGAGCAGAUCAGAGAGCCUAUCCAUCCUCCAGCUGUUGUACCUGGUCCCUCAACCGGCGAGAUCCCCCAGGUCAUGCCCACGGAGCUUGCUCACCCGAUGCAACCGCCAUCGCCCCAAGUCCUCCAGCAGCAAGCCCAGGCGAUGCCACCUCCACCAAUCUCUGCUACUCCCGCCGAUCAGCUCAUGCACCAGGCCCAGCAUGCCUAUCCCUACCCAGUAUAUGCUACUCCCAUGGAGGUUGCCGCAGGCGCAAUGCACCCGCCGACCGCUGCUCCACCCCAGUCAUGGCAGGCUGCGAAUGGUAUCGCUCCUCAGCAGACACAUAUGCAGCCCCCACCACCGCCUGCGCCACAUAUGAUAGCAUACCGCGACGACCAAGGAUGGAACCCCGCAUAUCAUCAACCGCCGCCGCCUCAUCCGGGCGCGAUGGUCGCGCCUCCGGGACCAGAAUAUGACUACAGGUACAGGGAAGACCAGCGCGGUUGGGUCACUGCGCCCCCAGAAUACUAUCAGCAGGCGUACGAACCGCCGUAUACGGAGCCUGAUGCUUAUAUGGAGGAGGCACCACAAGCAGGACCAUCUAACCAAGAGCCGUCUACACCAGCUGCUCAAAUAGAUAAGAGGGGCCGAAAGCGUGCCAGAGCACAGCCACAGCCAGCACCUCCAGCAUCAACGCUUGUUAUGAAUCGCAGGAACCCUCCUACUCGCUCUCCCACGCCACCAACAAGAGUUAUCAAGAGCACAUACGGCGGUAACCUGUUCACUGCCGAUGACGUCAUGUAUUUGAAGAGAUACAUCGAGUACUGCCAGGAGCAGGGCUUGGUCUUGAGUCUACGUGAGAUUUGUGAACGUAUCGCUGUUAAGGCUCCCCAUCACACAUUUUAUUCAUGGCGUCGUUAUUGCAACAAACAUCAAAUACGACUUGGCGGUUAUGCUAUGGACAUCACCGAAGGCGAUGGAAACGUUGGAGACGAGGAACUUGUGCAAGAAGAUCCAGGUCAGCCAACGGAAGGCUCAUCGGAGAUCGAGGCACCGAUGCCAAUUGUCGGUGCUGGCCCUGGGACAAUUGCUGUGGCGCGGCGCGCUGCAGCGGCGGACAUUGGCCGCACGCGUUCGCCCACGCCUCCACGAGCCCUGUUCAGGAGUACCACUGGCAAGGGUGUGGCAUUCACAGAGGAGGAUGUCACGUUCCUUGUGCGAUUCCUGGAGUAUCGGUCCAGGAUGCAGGGCGGUAAGGUUGACAUGGUCGCUUUCUGGAAAGAUGUCGCCCAGAAGUGCUCCUUUCAGGCUCCCCACCACUCUCGUGCUUCAUGGAUGAAGUUUUAUCGCAGGCACAAGCACGAGCUUCAUCAUACAGAAACCGAUGCACCUCUACCUCCCCCUCCAGAAAAGAAAAUGCGAUACAGCAAGGGUGACGACGUCCUGUUGGCCAAGUAUUUCUUCAAGAAGCCGGAGGGCACUUCAGACCGUAUUUUCCAGGAGUUUGCUAGGACGCAUUCUCAUCACCCGUGGAAAGGAUGGCAGGAACAUCAUCGUAUCCACAAAGCGAAGAUUGACCAUCUCAUUCAGCGCCUUGGCAAUGGGGAAAGCAUCGACGAGCAGCAGGAGUAG